UUUGGGUUGUGGCACUCCACGCUCUUGUCUUGUCCAAUGCCAAAAGCUGCAAUAAUUUGGAGCCUUAUAAUUGUGUUUCCGAAUUCUGGUUUUUAGAUUGGUUCCGAUUCUGAUUCUCUAUAAAUUCUGGUUUACUUUAAGUUGGUGAUCUUAUCAGAGUCGAGUUACUGAGAAUUGGGAGCUGUCUGUGCUUGGGUUUGAGAAGAACAUCGACGAAAGGAAAUGUGGGGAUUUGGGGGGAGGUAUUAUUGGGGGAGAAGGGAAAGGAAAAGGGUAGGGAUAGUGGUGAUAUUUGCUUGGAUGUCGAGCCAAGAGAAGCACGUGAAGAGCUACGUCGACCUCUAUUCGUUGCGUGGCUGGGAUUCACUUGUUUGUCAUUCCCAAUUCCUCAAUAUGUUCUUUCCUGAGAAGGCUGAAGUUUUAGCAUUUGAUAUUCUCAACAUACUUAUUGAGGAGCUGAAGAUGAAGCCAUGCCCUCUAGUCUUUGCUUCCUUUUCUGGGGGUCCAAAAGCCUGUAUGUACAAGGUUCUUCAGAUUAUUGAGGGAAAGUGUAAACUAGAAAUGAAUUUGGAUGACUGCCGACUGGUUAGGGACUGUAUUUCGGGUUAUAUCUAUGAUUCUAGUCCAGUGGAUUUUACAAGUGAUCUGGGGAGACGAUUUGUUGUUCACCCAUCUGUUCUUAAAAUCUCCCAUACACCAAGAGUACUAUCAUGGAUGGCAAAUGUCAUUUGUAAUGGCCUUGAUGCAGUCUUCCUCAACACGUUUGAGUCACAGAGAGCUGAGUAUUGGCAGACACUGUACUCUUCUGUUAGCAUGGGGGUCCCAUAUCUCAUUCUGUGUUCAGAAAGUGAUGAUCUUGCUCCAUAUCAAGUUAUAUGCAAUUUCACUAAAAGACUUCGAGAACUUGGGGGUGAUGUAAAACUUGUGACUGUGAAUGGCUCUCCUCAUGUAGGUCACUAUCGGGUUCAUCCAAUUGAUUACAGGGCUGCUGUGACUGAGCUCCUUGGCAAGGCAGCUGCAGUAUACUCCCAAAGAAUUCAACGACUUGAAGGAGAAAGAAUAGGUGUAGAGAGGACACACGACAAGAUCUCUGAACCAAUUUGUGACCUGAGGAAAGCAGCUGCCAGUCCAAACCAAAGCUUUCGGGGAGUUACCAUCCAACCAAGUGACCAUUUCUUCAUGCCAAGCUCGGUAGGGUAUUAUGAGGGUAGAGAUGUUGGUUCUCUGCAAGAUGAACAGAAGCAAGGCUUGAUACAUUUGCCUGGCCCUCCAAGUACUAAUGCUCAUGGAGUUCUUGGUCAAAUCCUUUUUGAUGUCUGUGUUCCAAAGAACAUUGAAGGUUGGGAUAUAAGGCCAUCAACAUCCUUAAGCAGACAACCAUAUGCGUCUACUCGGAGGCAUGUUCCAUUUAAUCCCAUCAAAUGCAUACGUCGUUCAAGAUUGUAAAAUCUCUAUCAUAUGAAGGCUGAUAAAUAUGAGAACAUGCAUGCGGGAUUUGUAUUUGGUUUGUGAUAGAGCAAAGAACUUGAAAUAAACAAAAGAAAAGAGAAUAAAGAGAAUUGCACUGGUAUUUA